AUGAUACUAAGCAAGACGCUACAGUACAUACUAGGGUACAGCGCUUUAUCCGUGGCGCUACUAAGCUGGUCGAUCCACGAUUCACUCAGCAAGUCCUACAACUACACGAUGUUCCUCAUUGAGUUCACCGACGGUUUCAAAUUGGGUAUAUUCAUCAACUUCAUCGUGUUUACAUUUCUCCUCGUCAACAAGAUCCUCCAGGUGCUACUCUUUGGCGCAUUGCGGAUGAUUGAAGUGGAGCAUUUGUUUGAAAAAUUGCCCAUUUUCGCGAUCAACUUGUUCCUCAACUUGGCCACUGGAGAUAACAAUGUCAUUUUAAACGUGCUUCUCAUGGGCAUCGCCAUGACUUUUAAGGUGAUGCAUGUGAUUAUGCUUGACCGGUUGGAUCUUUUGAACCUUUUGAUUUUCAAUAAAGUCAAUGACGACGAUGACGAGCGGUCGGACCAGAUUGGCAUUUUGCACAUUAUUCAGCACUACUUGAGCCUGAUCAAUUUCUGGUUGAACAUUUUCUUCAUCUUGAUUGAUUUCAGCUUGGCCAAGUUCUUGGUGUUUGACGUGUUUCAGGGCAUCAACUCGGUCACGUGUUUGUUGUUUGGAUUCCAAUUUGCAGUGCAGGGAGUUGAAACUUUGACUCAUUUCGCUAAAGUUCUCUUGGGAUUCUAUGAGAUUGUGUUUUUUAAGAUACGCAAGAAUUCUGCCAGGAGAAAAAGCGUCGAGAGGAGAUCGAGCGCAUUGGACUCGUCUGUUAAUUCAGGUGAAGCAUCUGUGGACGGCGAGGAAGAAGAUGAACAACAACAACAACAACAACCAGAAGAAGAUGAUGAAGAAGAAGAAGAUGACGAUGACAACGAAGCUGACAUUGUUUGGGAAAGCAAGCCGUAUUACAGCAAAGCAAUCGAUAUAUCCUCGGCUUUACUCACAGCAGUGGCUUACCUCUGCUUCAUCUACCUUUUAACCAUCCACUCGGGACUUUCACUACCAUUAUCCAUGCUCCAAGGAACAUAUUCAUCGCUCAAGAAAGCCUGGACACAAACUUCGCAACUAUUAGCAUUCAUCGAGUCCUCCAAGCGCCUAGACAGCCAACUCCCGAAUGCGACAAAGGGCGAUCUCGAAGUCCUUGACAAUUUGUGUAUAAUCUGCCGUGAGGACAUGUACGAGAAAGAGGAGUACCAGCGGCUACACCAAAAACCACAGUCGUCGAGACGCGUCGCCAAAAAGCUUCAAUGCAACCACAUUCUUCACAUGGGCUGCUUGAAAGAAUGGAUGGAGAGAUCAGAUAGCUGCCCCUUGUGUCGGCGCAAGGUGUUUGGCUCACAAACUCCACCUUCGACCCCGGCACCAGUGCUGCCUGCAGAAGACCAGCCGCCAAUUGUGCCACCCGAACCACAACAGCGACAAGCUGCGCCAUUCGAGACCACUGCAUCUGCUCAAGCCGAGCCUUCUACCCCUCAACUUGAUCCUCGUCUUCGAGAGUUGAUCCAAACACACACUGACCAAGACCUGCCUUUAGUCGAAACAACCAAUGCGGAUUCUCCCAACAUGGCUCCCGCAGCAAACGGCACAGGUUACACCCAGCAGCGCGACAACUUUUCACCGCAAUCGCCACCAUCGCCAACAUCGCCACCAUCAGCUUCGUCGCCAUCAUCAUCACCAUCAGCAACCUCUUCCUCCUCCUUGCAUAUAUUGAAUAUCCCAGAACCGACACGAACCACACCAUCUGCGCCAACACCGACGCCUCCAGCAUCGACCGCGUUGGGAUCAGUGCCACUAUCGUCGCCAUUGUCAUCUUCUCCCACCAGCAUCUUUCAAACACUCAGACUUCCUCGAAACGCCCUCUUGCCUCCAGAUUGGCAUGUGUUGCCGCUCGAGAGAGACGAAGAUGGCAAUUUCAAAGUUUGCAUAUCGUCCCUGCGUCAAGUCCAACUACGGAAGCGUCAGAGAGACGGCACAUACGGUUGA